AUGGCUGGAAAAGAGUGGCUGAAAAUCUUCCGAAAAAAAUAUUCUAAAGAAUUAUCACUUAGAAAGCCUGCGGCAACAAGUCUGGCCCGCUCAACUGCUUUUAAUAGACAAAAUGUAGUACUUACUUUUCAAAAUUAUGAAGUAGCUCUUGGGCUUGAACAAAAUCAAGGUAUUACAGCAUUUAACAUAUGGAAUGUUGACGAAACCAGUGUUAGCACUGUCCACCAUCCUCCUAAAAUCUUAGCAAAAAAAGGUCAAAAGCAGGUUGGUGUAAUGACUAGUGGUGAACGAGGAUAUAGUGUAACAAUGAUUGGAGCAAUAAAUUCUGGUGGUAGCUAUAUACCCCCAAUAUUGAUUUUCCCUCGUAAGAAGUUUAAAGACUUUAUGUUAAAAGAAGCCCCAGAAGGUACACUUGGUGGAGCAAACCCAUCAGGAUGGUCAAAUGAAGACUUGUUUCUAGGAUUUAUGAAACAUUUUGUAAAGCACACUCGUUCAAGUAAGGAAAAUCCUUCUAUUCUUUUACUUGACAACCACGAGAGUCAUAUCUCAAUACCAACAAUCCAGCUAGCAAAAUAUAAUGGGAUUACAAUGGUAACAUUUCAUCCACACACUAGUCAUAAAAUGCAACCCUUAGACGGGUUUAGUCCAUUUAAGACAUAUUAA